AUGGGGGAAUGACAUAAUCCUCACGUGAUCACGAGCUGACGGGAACCGAAGUCCUUAUAUUCCCGGGCUUCUUUCUCCUCUGGGUACCAGCUCUUUACUGCCCUGCAAACGAGCGUGCGUGCUUGUUGCCAAGGGAAGGAAGAGAUAGCCUUCCCCGCCCCUUCCUUUUUGUUUGCAGGUCUCAGAGUCUGCGUUCAUAGACGUCUGGGGGAAAGAAAAAGAGCAGGAAACGAUCCCGCACAGCAGGAAACAACAACAACAUCAUGCAAAAGCCCUGCAAAGAAAAUGAAGGAAAGCCAAAGUGCAGCGUGCCAAAGAGGGAGGAAGAACGCCCCUAUGGAGAAUUUGAACGCCAGCAAACGGAAGGGAAUUUUAGACAGAGGCUGCUUCAAUCUCUCGAAGAAUUUAAAGAGGACAUAGACUAUAGGCAUUUUAAGGAUGAAGAAAUGACAAGGGAGGGAGACGAGAUGGAAAGGUGUUUGGAAGAGAUAAGGGGUCUGAGAAAGAAAUUUAGGGCUCUGCAUUCUAACCAUAGGCAUUCUCGGGACCGCCCUUAUCCCAUGUAAUUCAUUUCCCUGACAAGUCAUUAUUUUCUGUUAUUAAUGUUGCCACUGCUUUCUGUUUGUGUGUAUUUUCUUGUUAAAUAUUUGCUAUCAUUUUACUCCAAUCCUUCGACGUUGCUGAGAUUUACAUAUGACUCCUGUCAACAUCUCAUCUUUUGACCCAAUCUUAUUCAUUUAAUAAGAGGUCUCAUUCAUUUGCAUGGUAAAAUGUUCAUUGUAUAUUGCAAAGUAAAAAUAACGAGUUGCAAAAGUAUAUACAUAUAGUGUGUGUGUAUAUAUAUAUAUAUAUAUAUAUACACUUUAUUUGUACAUUUCUAUGUGACAUUAUACAAAGGAAAGUGUCUGAUUUUACUAUACACCAAAGGUUAACAGUGAAUCUCUUUGUGAUCUCUUUUUUCUUUUUGCCUAUCUCCAUCUUCUCACUUGCCAAAAACUGAAUAUAUGUUUAUGUGUGUAUAUUACUUGUGUCACAAAAAAACCCUAAAGUAGACACAGUAAAAUAACUUAUCAAUCACCUUUGGAAGGCAAUGAAACACUUAAUAAACUCUCAAUAAUAGAAGCAUAAAAAUGAAAUGUAAACCUCCAAUUACCUCUGGAUCUCUUAGCCAGAGGAAUAAACUAGCAAUUAUCACAGAUA